CAAUGAUUAUAGACUAUUUUUCUUGUUUUAAAAAUAAAAUCAAUAAUAUUGUGGCGUGCAAUUUGAUACUAAUUCAAUUAUUUCAGUUUUUUCAUAAUAUUAUUCUGAGAAAAAUAGACUAUUUCGAUUAAUAACUUGGGGUUUUCUAGAUUUUGCCAAAUAAGUUCAGAGUCGCUGCAAGUUUGCAUCUUCCACGGCUACAACUUUGCAAUUCGUGAACUCUUUAAUCUUAAGCUAAUCUUUCAUUUUUCAUAUUGUUUUGUGGUGAAUCUGAUUAAUUGAAAUUUGAUGCAUGGCUGGGAAAGCAGUGAAAUCUGUUGCAAAAGCAGUUGGAGAAUACCAGUUCCCAUGGAGAGAGAAGUUGACAAAAUACAGAGAUGAGCUGUCAAAGGGUGUGUGGGGUUACUGGGAGCUUGGUGCUUGGAAUCCUCUAGCUAUUAGUGCACGCCACCGAGCUCGGAUCCGCAAAGAGGUCCUCCUUGCUGGAGGUGAUUGGGAAUUUGAUCCAGAAAGGAAGGAGAUGAAGACGAAGAGAAAAGGGCACAAGGUUGAUAGGUUGGCUGCCGAGAAGCGAGCCAAUACUGCUCGACUGAUGGGAGAGAUGCCCAAGAUGUUGGAUGAUUACAAGAAGAGAAAGUGGGAGAGGAAGAUGAAAGCAGAAGAGGAUGCUGCCAAGAAGGCAUUGAACGAGUAGCUAAAAGCUCAGCCCUUUCGAUUCAUGGUUUUAAAAGCUGGAUUCCUUCUUGUUCGGUUUCACCUUGAUGCUUUCUUAGUUGUUCUUACAUAAGUUGUUGAUGGACCUCCGUUUUGAACCUUUAUGUAUUGAUGCCUUGUUGAGCUCUUACAUAAGUAGGUCGUGCUUUUUAGACAUUUGUUUUCUCUCCGGCCUCUGCUAAAACUGAGAUUCUGAUGAAUUGUUAUAUCAUAUGCCAAAAAAGGCGUUGAACUAGCAGCUAACAGCUCCUCCCUUUCAUUUCAUGUUAUUAAAAACUGGAUUCCUUCUUGUUCA